AGGCUGAAUCACGGUUAUAUAGACCGGCGGCGGAGCACGCGUGUGUGCGGACGCACUUGCGUGAGGGAUUCCUGCCACCUUCUGUGCUGUGGGGCAAAGCUUGUUCCUCUCCCGCUCAGCCGCGCAGGUUGAAUUGACCAAAGCAAUGGUUAUGGAGAAGCCUAGUCCCCUGCUGGUCGGGCGGGAGUUUGUGAGACAGUAUUACACACUGCUGAACCAGGCCCCAGACAUGCUACAUAGAUUUUAUGGAAAGAACUCUUCCUAUGUUCAUGGGGGAUUGGAUUCAAAUGGAAAGCCAGCAGAUGCAGUCUAUGGACAGAAAGAAAUUCACAGGAAGGUGAUGUCACAAAACUUCACCAACUGCCACACUAAGAUUCGCCAUGUUGAUGCUCAUGCUACUCUAAAUGAUGGUGUGGUGGUCCAGGUGAUGGGUCUUUUAUCAAACAACAACCAGGCUUUGCGGAGAUUCAUGCAAACAUUUGUCCUUGCCCCGGAGGGCUCUGUUGCAAAUAAAUUCUAUGUUCAUAAUGAUAUCUUCAGAUACCAAGAUGAGGUCUUUGGUGGCUUUGUCACUGAGCCUCAGGAGGAAUCUGAGGAAGAAGUAGAGGAGCCUGAAGAAAGACAGCAAACACCUGAGGUGGUACCUGAUGAUUCUGGAACUUUCUAUGAUCAGACUGUCAGCAAUGACUUGGAAGAACAUUUAGAGGAGCCUGUUGCUGAACCAGAGCCUGAUCCUGAACCAGAACCAGAGCAAGAACCCGCAUCUGAAAUCCAAGAGGAAAAGUCUGAGCCGGUAUUAGAAGAACCUGCUCCUGAGGAUGCUCAGAAGAGUUCUUCUCCAGCACCUACAGAUAUAGCUCAAACAGUACAGGAAGACUUGAGGACAUUUUCUUGGGCAUCUGUGACCAGUAAGAACCUUCCUCCCAGUGGAGCUGUUCCUGUUACUGGAAUACCACCUCACGUAGUUAAAGUACCAGCUUCACAGCCCCGUCCAGAGUCUAAGCCUGAAUCUCAGAUUCCACCACAGAGGCCUCAGAGGGAUCAACGAGUACGAGAGCAACGAAUAAAUAUUCCUCCUCAGAGGGGACCCAGACCAAUCCGUGAGGCUGGUGAGCAAGGUGAUAUUGAGCCCCGAAGAAUUGUGAGACAUCCUGAUAGUCACCAACUCUUCAUUGGCAACCUGCCUCAUGAAGUGGACAAAUCAGAACUUAAAGAUUUCUUUCAAAAUUAUGGGAAUGUGGUGGAGCUGCGCAUAAACAGUGGUGGAAAAUUACCCAAUUUUGGUUUUGUUGUAUUCGAUGAUUCUGAGCCUGUUCAGAAAGUUCUUAGUAACAGACCAAUCAUGUUCAGAGGUGAAGUCCGACUGAAUGUGGAAGAGAAGAAGACUCGAGCUGCUCGGGAAGGGGACCGUCGAGAUAACCGCCUGCGGGGACCUGGAGGCCCUCGAGGUGGGCUGGGCGGUGGAAUGAGAGGCCCUCCCCGUGGAGGCAUGGUGCAGAAACCAGGAUUUGGAGUGGGAAGGGGGAUUGCUCCACGGCAGUGAAUUGCUCUUCACUGGUCUUCAUGAAGCAUAAAAACCCCAGCUUCUGCAGAAUGGUGAAUUUCUUCAACCAGCCUUUGUUAUCUUGGAGUAUGAUGAUCCUAGUCUUAUAAACUGCUUAAGUUUGUACAAUUUUACUUCUUUUUGUGUUAAUGGUGUGUGCUCCUUCCCUUUUCCCUUCUCCUGGCCUUUUAGUCCUUCACUUCCAGUUUUGUGGAACGCUAUUUUAGGAGUAACGAAUUUUUAAAGAAGAAAAAACGAAAAGACUGAAUUUCCUUGCUUACUUUGCAUAUACAGACUGGAAUUUUUUUUUUUUUUUAAACAGCCAUUUCCCCAAAGGAAUGUGUCUUGCUUAUUACUGACAUUUGGUAUGUUUCAUUCAUUGGAAUAUUUCUUACUUAUUUUCUACAUGUUUCAAAACCUGUGAGGAAUGCAGGAUUUGAUAAGCAUUUUGGAGGCAGGAAAAAUCCAAAUUGUUUAUUCUUUGAGAGUUACGACUACCUUCUGAUGUGGAAAAAUUGCCAUUGGAAAAUUUGACAUUUGAUUCUCCCUGAUGUGGUUAAAAACUGAAUAAAAGGUGUUAAUAGAACUUUUUUCUUUUGAUAUGUGAUCACAAAAUAAUUCUAAAACCUACUGUUUUUACCAUUGAAAUUUAAAUUGUGAGAUAGGUUUUAAAUGUCUAGAAUGCAAUUAAUAGGCUUUUCUUGAACUGUUAGAUUCUUUUGAAGUAGAGUUUUUUCAUGUUUCAUUUGUAUUUGUUUAAAAAAAAAAAAAGAAAAAAAAUCCCCCCAACCAAAUAACAACCAGAGCAAAAACUGUUGUGCCUUCUAUUUAUCUUUGGUUCCAAUCUUGGCAGUUGUUUAAAGAAAAAUAAUAAUAAUAAAAAAAUUAGAUUUGUUUUAUUAGGUUCAGAGUAUGUGGGGAAUUGUGGAGUUCCUCUUUUCAUCACCUUGUAUGUCUUUUGUUAAUAUUUGUUAUGCCUUAUUCUAAAACUGAGUCUCAAACUGGAAUGCCUUGGAGGACAGAUACUUUUGUAGAGGUCGUUUGACCUAAAUAGUUAAGCAUUUGUAUUAAGUUUUAUUUUGAUAUCUAAUCAGAUUCUUAAUCAUAGCCCAUAAGAAGGAAUGCAACUUUAAUAUUGGACUUUGCUGAUGUGUUUAGUGUCUGCAAUUUUUUUUUCUUUAAAUCAUAGCCAUAUGGUAAAUUUUCUAUUUUGUUAUGGUUCUCUUUUAUUGAUGGGCAUGCAGUGGGUGUUUCUUGGAAAUGGCCAAUUUUUAUUAAAAUAUUUCUGGAAGAAAAUUUAA